AUGGCCGCGCCGACCGUGUACACUGAUGUCGCAGAGGAAUUCGAAUCCAACGGGCAAUUAUUCGCGGGCAAAAAAUUCUGGGUCUGGCAGCGCACCCCGUCACGCAACCGCCUGCUGGACGACAUAAAGGCCAAUGGCGGGGAGAUUGUGAUGCUGGAGAAGAAGGCCGACUACCUGAUCGCAGACCACAUGUUCCCGGAUCAGCCCCCAGGAUCAGUAUCAUAUGAGUUUAUCAACAAGUCAAUCCAGCGAGGAAAACUCCUCGACCCGAAAGACUAUCCAGCCGGCCCACCACUGGGUGAGGCGCGUGAACCGGGAGCCACGCACCGGUCGGCCAAGAGUGGCAGGGCAGCAUACACAGCAGAAGAAGACAGGAUACUCUAUAAAUGGGUGCAUGAUGCCAAAGCCUUGGGUCGCGCCGAAAGCGGGAACGAGAUUUAUAAAAAGCUGGAGGAAAAGUAUCCACGACACACAUGGCAGUCAUGGCGCGACCGCUAUCUCAAGCAACUCAAAAAUCGGCCUACAUCUGCUUUCGACAUAUCCAACAAUGCUUCGCCUUCCGAUCAGUCCAACGAACGUAUACCUCCCGCCCCGUCCUCUGAAUCGGCAAAACCACAGACAUCUAAGCAGGAACAGACAUCUAAGCAGGAACAGGCAUCAAAUACUACAGAAACUAGUGCAGAGGGAAAGGAAGGCAUAGGGCGUGAUUAUAGCAUCGAAGAACUGAGUGCGGCGUUCAGCACCGAAGACUGGCUAAAGAUCUAUGCCCUUGCAGAUUCACUCAACAACAUGAGAGGGCAAGAGCGGUACGCUUCAUCGUGGGCCGAUUGGGCAGAAGCACAGGGCGGGCAAACCGCUGAGCAAUGGCAGCAAUACUUUGAAAAAGUAGUCCGCCCACAGUGGCUGCGCGAUCCCGUGUCGAAACGGGAGGAGAUGAAGAAGCGGGUCGAAAAGAAGCAAGAAGAAGAAUACCACAAGCAGGGUCAGUCGAUUGAUCAGGAUGCUUCAGAGUCAGCCAAAUCAAACGUUCAAGUCGCGGAAUCCGAGGUUUCGCAAGAGGAAGCACCCGAGCGGCCAUCAGGUUUCGACGAUGAGCGUUUUGAAGAGCUGCUAAAGGAUAAGCAAAGUGACGGAAUUCUGUCGGCAUACACAUUGUAUGCCCGCGAAAAGAAGCAGGAAACUUUGGAUACGCAACCCAGCUGGAGCUUUAUCGAAGUACAUGAGUUCCUACUGACCCAAUGGCACUCGCUUUCGGAAGAAGAAAAAGCGCCCUACAUUGCCAUGGACCAAUCAAUAACAAUGACUACGGAUGAGGUGGAAACGUUCACCAAAACGGUAUCAGCAACCAAAGCAACAUCCUCUUCAACAGCCCAGUAUGAGUCAUCCGAGUUGCACAGUAAAUCAGGACAGAAAAUCGUAAAGCGUUUGCGGGAAGACGAUGAGCCAGUGGAAGAAGAGACGGAGCUGCCUCGGUCUAUCAAACGACGGAAAAGUGGAAGCGCAACGCCUACGAAUUAUGGCACACGACAGCAGCCACUGGAGAUCUCAUCAACUCAAAGCUCCCAGGACACGAUUGAUUCGGACAUUAACAAGGAGUAUAAUGGGUUAAACCUACCCGACACUGUAGAGGAUGACGAGGCCACCAUGGUAGAGCUAGACGGGCAAGACGCAGAAAGGGACGUGCAAAGCAUCGAAUCAGACGAGUUCCAAGAUCACCUACCUCCGCCACCACCAGGCUACGAAACACUUUCGGAGGAUGAUCUGCCUUCAAAUACGCCAACGCCACGAGCCACGCGUCAAAAAGUGUCACACUUUGACACUCAAGCGAUCCUGGCCUCACCGUCUCCAGAAAAGCUUCCGCGAUCACUCGACCUGGCUCAAGAUGCGAGAGAUCAAGAGAAACAACGGUCUUUGUCACCGGUUCAGCUCCCAGACUCGGACGCUUCCAUUACUCAGUCUAUAGAGGAAUUCCGGCGCUCCCUCCCAGAAGAAGACUCGGCUCAAUAUGGUUACGCUCAAUAUCCGCCCCAACCACUCCAUGUGUCCUCUUCGCCAGCACCUUCUGUAGCCUCUUCCACCUCGACCGGUUCAGGCGACCCCGACCCGCCCCUCAGCGCCGACGAGAUCAAUGAGUUUUAUGCGGAGCAAAAUGCCGAAGGAUUCUCCAACGACUUCAUCAGUGCCGCGCUCAAACGCACACGUCUACGCCCCGAGCUCACGGUUAAAGUACUGGACGCUUGGAGUCGUGGAAAGCCUCUACCGAACGAAAGGGGCAUAUGGAGCAAGGAGGACGACGUAGCUGUGGAGAGUGGAGACGGGUAUGAACUGGCCAAGCUGGAGAAGAAGCAUACGCUGGACGGCUGGGGUGGAGUUACAGAGCGCCUGGUAUUCCUGGAGGGCUAUCGAAGUCGGUGA